AUGUCGGGGCCAUCAGUUGUGAGAGGUACAUUCCUUAUUUUCAAUACAUGGGCUAGCGUGUUGAUUGACACUGAGGCAUCACAUUCAUUUAUUGCCGCAUCAUUUGCAUCAUUGUUAGGGUUGGAGGGUAAGCAACUACAACCUUCACUCAUAGUAGAGCCACCGGUUCGAGGUAAGGUCACUCUAACCCAGGGGAGUGUAAUUGAGAUGGCGAGGCGACAGCUUCCAUUUAAUUUUGUCUUGUUGGAAAUGUCAGGUUUUGAUGUUAUCCUCAGUAUGGAUUGGUUGUUUACUUACCGGGCGACCAUAGAUUGUUAUCGAGAGAGGGUUACGGUGUGCACUGCAAGCGGUGACUAUUUCAUGUUCAGGGGGGACAGGUAUGGUAGAUCCUUACCCUCCUCAUCCUAUCCACGAGGCUGGGGGCAAUUUAAUUAUCGUUUAGCAACUAUUUUGGAUGACGGAAGUGAAGUAGUCCGGGGGGAAUUUCCAAAAGUAGUACAUGAAUAUCUUGAUGUUUUUCCUGAUGAUCAUGUAGAAUUACCUCCUCAUAGGGAAGUAGAGCUUACUAUAGACUUACUUCCGAGUACAACACCUAUCUCCUUAUCACCAUAUAGAUUUGCCCCAGUUGAAUUGGUGGUUCUGAAGGAACAGUUGCAAGAGUUACUUACACUACUAGAAAAUUGA